AUGAUCAGCGGAACCGUUAAUAGUACAGAUAUUAGACUAAAUUGAGAAUUAUCAAUUCCUUCAACUCCAAAGAAAUUCAAUAUCAAACAAAAGAGAUCACCAACGCCUGAAUCAUGUAAACCAUCAGAAGAGGAUGUGUCCGAUAUUCGUGACGACGAUGAGCUGGAUGACAUCGAAGAUGAUGUUGCGCUGAGCUUCAUACCGCCUUCUUCAAAUCAGCCAGAGAAAUCAAACAAAGUUUUGUGAAAAAUGUCUUCCCGUAAAACAGUCAGCAGACGCGGAACCACCAAAAAACGUGCCCAAAGGGCCACUUCCAAUGUGUUCGCCAUGUUCGACCAGGCCCAAAUCGCCGAAUUCAAAGAGGCCUUCAACAUGAUCGACCAAAACCACGACGGAUUCGUCGACAAAGAAGAUCUCCAUGACAUGCUAGCCUCUCUAGGCAAAAACCCCGCCGAUGACUACCUGGACGGUAUGAUGAACGAAGCUCCAGGCCCUAUCAACUUCACCAUGUUUCUGACUCUGUUUGGUGAACGUCUUCAGGGUACUGAUCCUGAGGAUGUCAUCAAAAAUGCUUUUGGUUGUUUUGAUGAGGAAAAUAUGGGAGUUAUCAAUGAGGAGAGGUUGCGUGAACUGUUGACCAGCAUGGGAGAUAGAUUCACUGACGAUGAAGUUGAUGAAAUGUAUCGUGAAGCUCCAAUCAAGAAUGGGCUUUUUGAUUAUGUUGAAUUUACUCGCAUUUUGAAACAUGGAGCCAAGGAUAAGGAUGAACAAUAG